GUGCUAAGAAAUCGAAAACUCCAGAUCUCAAAAAUUAUUAAAUGGUUCACUCAAGAAGUCUAUCUUAGAAUAAAAAGAUUUCUGUUUCAAGAAGCAGUAGCAAGGCUAAAACACGAGGUAGCCCAUAUCACUCUGAAGGAAAGGUCUUAAUCAGUCAACCAGAUAUGAAUGGCCCUUUUUCAAAGAGUUUCUAUAAUUUUAAUAAUUUGAGUAAAUAUUAUUCAUAUUUUCAUAGUCAACUCUAAUUAACCUUUGUAUGCAAAAAUUUUAUCUAAGCAUUAAAAUUUUGUUAAAUUCAAUUAAAAAAAGUUACGCUCUGAAUCAUUAAAGAAAUGA